AGACGACGACGAAGAAGAAGAAGAACAUUCGAGUUUUCCUGUCAGUUACAAUCUCCAAUAGUAAUCCACAAGAUAAAUGUCGAACGGCUGUGAUUGGUGCUGAAUAAGAAAUGUGUGAACUAGCAUUCCACAAGCAUUCUGGAUUUGAGCUUGAUACACAAAUGCUGAGAAUAUGACUUGCUCAGAGGAAGCAAAGGCACAAUUUGCAGAGAUAGAGCUGCUAUUAAGUAUGUUUCCGAGUGAAGAAGAGUUACAAGUGGAUGAGCUUUCACAUGCAGAGCUCAGAGCUUAUGUGGAGGGCACAGCUCAUAAUCCCCCCAGCAUCAGACCCCAAUUCAGCAUCAAGCUGAAGAUGGAGAACCCUGCUGUGAGCAUUACAUUGCUGUGCACCUACCCAACUGACUACCCAAAAGUGUUGCCAGAUAUUGCUGUCAGAUCUGCGACAGCAGCUUCCAUGACUGCCGCUUCUGCCAUUGCAGCUUCUGCCUCUCUCUCCUUCUCGAUUACAUCUAAUGUUGCUUCAAGGCGCGCUUUCUCUAUUUUAAUUUCCUUCGCUCUUGCUUUAGUUGCUGCCAUACUGACCGUGGACUUGCUGGAAGACACAGAGCGUCGAGAUGGAGCUGACUGACUUUUGUCAUCUUCCAUGACUGCAGUUGUUGUGUUAGCCUCUAUGCCGUGGACAACAAACGCAGUUGUUUUCUGCUUCCGUGAUAAACAACUCUUGUGUGAAACUUGCCUUUUUACUAUACUGGCUUCAUAUCCAGCAAGCUAAACACUUCGACUCAAUAAACGGACUUGACACCAGGAAGUCAUAAUUCGG